CACCAUGCUGCAUAGGUGAUGCUCUGUCAUGGUUCCAUUUGCAGCCUGACUUGCAAUUCCCUGAUGGGAGGAGGCUAUCCACCUAUAGAUCCUAUAGGAGUAACAACUGUCUCUCCGUCCACAGGAGCCCUUUCCUCCACGACAGCAGUGACCAGCUCCUCCCCACCCACAAAAAUAGCAUCUACCUCAUCCCUGACCACGGAAACAAUGGCCACCUCGUCCCUGACCACGGAAACAAUGGCCACCUCGUCCCUGACCACGGAAACAAUGGCCACCUCGUCCCUGACCACGGAAACAAUGGCCACCUCGUCCCUGACCACGGAAACAAUGGCCACCUCGUCCCUGACCACGGAAACAAUGGCCACCUCGUCUCUGACCCCGGAAACAAUGGCCACCUCGUCUCUGACCCCGGAAACAAUGGCCACCUCGUCCCUGACCACGGAAACAACGGCCAACUCGUCCCUGACCACGGAAACAGCGUCCGUCUCUCUGUCCCCUCAGUCCACAGGAGUACCAACUACAUCAGAACCCGACCCUUGUGCUAAUCAACCAUGUAAAUCUGCUACCGCAUGUAUCAAUCUCAACCAAGGCUAUCUAUGCCAGUGUCCUUAUGGAUUUUUCUAUUCAUCAUCAUCAUCAGGUUGCUAUCCAGGCAAAGUAUUUCCAGGAGAAUUCAUUCUGAAUGUAACAUAUGAUCAAAAACUGAAAAAUGUAAAAUCUAAAGAGUAUUUAAAAUUAUACUGCGACGUCACCAACAUAUUCAACACCACCUUCCACGAGGAGAAAAGUUAUAAGGAAACAAUCAUUAAAAGUGUGGAAUCAUCUUCAGAAAUAUCAAAAAAGCUGAGCAAGGCUGAAGCCAAGAACUAUACCAAGAUUACAUUCAUCAAUAUGUUUGAUACAAACACAAAUUUAACAAGUGAAACAUGGUUGGAGGUGGUAAAUAAUUAUUCCUUUGGAUACAUUGGGAGUAAGUACUCUGCUGAGAAUCCUGAUAUGAUCCUACAUCAGUGUUAUUAAUAACUGGUCUAUAGAGAGCUCCCAAUCUACAAAGUGCUGUCUCUGUUUCGGGUAUGAGGAACCUUUGGCCCUCCAGAUGUUGCUGAACUGCAGGCAACAGUCAUCAUCCCUAGCCAUUGGCCAUGCUUGCUAGGGCUGAUGGGAGUUGUAGUUCAGCAACAUCUAGAGGGCCAAAGGUUCUCCACACCUGCUCUAGUUUAUGGUAAAGAAACCAAUUCAAAAUCCUCCAGCUGGGUAGAAUUCUCUAUUCCCUCCUUCCUCUGAGAGUAAACAGAAUCCCACUCUUUCCAGUAGUAGGCACCUGUUGCUUUAAUUGUUGAGAUAAACUUUUACUCAAUCAAGUCCCACCUAGCAGAUAUCAGGUAGAUUUAAUUAUCCCACUUGUUAGGUAAGACAUUUUAAAACAACAGCACUGAAAAAUAUUCCUUCCUAACCAAAACCAUGCUGAAUGGGAGAAAAUCAUGGUAUUGUUUCUGAAUGUUACACAGUCAUUCUGCAGUAUAAAAAAAAUCAAAAUAAACAAACUAAUACAUUUUAGCCUGUUAAUAAUUAACUUCUAGGUCAUGCUCUCUAAGGUUCCAGUUCUAUAAACACAUACCUGGGAAUAAAUCCCACUGAACUCUAAAGAACAACUAAAGUAGGCGCUCUUUAUUUGUGUUUUGUAGAAUGUAGAAAUCCCCUGGUAUUUUUUGUAUUUGCUGUUUAUUUAAGAUGUUUUCUACUGCGUUGUAAACUGUUUUGAGUUUUGUUCAAAUA